AUGACGCCAUAUUUUAUGAUCACGAUAUUUUUCACUUUGUUUACGUACCCAGCAAAACAGUGGCUGACUGCUAUUCUACCAACUGGUAUCCCAACCUUACCACGCUAUCACCUUGUUAUCUGCCCUUCGAGUAUAGCAAUAAAUCAUGUUGCUACUGGCAUUAACCUCAUCCUUUCAGCCCUGGGCUUACUAGCCCAGAGUCUCUCUCUGGAUGAAGUGAGGCUCGAACUGGGGCCUCAGCUAUCCGAGUCUGCCCGGAUCUCUGAGAAUGGACAAGAGUUUGCAAGAUGGAGUGAGUAUUACUCCCCGACUCCCGGAGUCGUGGUUAGUGUAGCUAGUGAGGAGGAUGUGGCUGUGACGUUUUUUGCCCAGUCGGGAGCUCAUGGAUUUACUACCACAAUGGAUGUGCCUCCAGACGGAAUACUUAUCAACUUGAGACAGCUAAACUCGGUCACUUUCAACGAUGAAAGAACAAAAGUCACCCUGGGGGGCGGUGUUCUGAUUUCAGAGAUAAUCGAGGCCGCUGCUUCAAAUAGUACCUUGGUUUUAACUGGGAACUGCAACUGUGUUGGUGCUAUCGGCGCUAUCCUGGGGGGAGGGUACGGUAACCUGAUGGGUAUAUAUGGAUAUGGAGUCGACAACAUUCUAUCACUCAAUGUCGUUUCUGGAGACGGUGUCCUGCAGACGGUUACAGAUGGUGAUGACCUUUUUUGGGCUGUCCGUGGUGCAGGUCCUAACUUUGGCGUUGUGACGUCUGUGAUUAUGAAGGCAUACCCUGUGCAACCAGCCGGUCUAUACGCGUGGCUGGGUACUCUCACCUUCACAGGGGACAAGAUUGAAGCGGUCACCAAAGCUAUCAGUGAGCUCGAAUUGAAACCGGAGAUGAAUCUUUUGAUGUACUUUCUAGAUGCCCGCGCCCCUUCCAAAACACCUACCAUUGUCGUGACCCCAUUCUACCACGGCUCUGAGGCUGAAGGAAGGGCAGCUUUCUCAUCUCUACUCAACCUUGGUCCUACGCUUGACACGACGGCCAGCACCCAUUAUACUCACUGGAACGACGGAUCCCAGAGCGCGUGCAUCAAAGGCGACCGUAAACCGUCGUACUGUUCUGGCCUCGCCAAAAUAGAUCCCGGAACAUGGAAGCAGGUCUGGGACGAAUAUGUCACCUGGGUUUCGUCAAAUGAUGGAAAGUCUCGCAAUAGCACCGUCAUUCUCGAGGCAUAUUCUAUGGACAGAGUGCAAUCAUUUCCAGUGAAUUCGUCUUCAGUACCUUGGAGAGGCCGGAUCAAGUUCAACGCUCUGGUGGUCCCUUGGUACAAGGAUGAAGACCUAGAUCUUGCUGCUGAAUCCUACGGCAGGUUCACUCGUAGCUUGAUUUUAUCCACGAGCGGCCUCGAUCCCCCAGCUACGUAUGUUAACUUUGCAUAUGGUGACGAGGAACCUUCAGAGGUAUACGGCCAUCAACUCCCAAGGCUACAGAAGCUCAAGGCAAAGCAUGACCCGAAUAACAUUUUCGAUCAGUCGUUUCAUAUCGAGCCAAAGUAUUGA